CUUCCUCGUCUUCGACUACCUCUCCGAGGUCACCAUGGCGCUGCUCGCCGCGGCCAGGGCCCGCUCGCCCGUGCUGGGUUACACUCCCGACUUUGUGUCCACUGCAAUGGCUCCGUAUAUAAAAGACAUUCACAGGAAAGGUGUUCGUGUCAUCAGUAAUGCUGGUGGAAUUAACCCGCUUGCUUGUGCGGCCGCCCUUCAGGAGGUGGCAAAGAAGGCAGAUGUUGACUUGAAAAUAGCCGUUGUUGCUGGAGACGACCUAAUGAGUGAGAAAGAGAACCUGAAAGGAGCUGGUAUCGUUGAUUUAGAGAGUGGCAAGCAGUUUCCAGAGAGCAUUCAUAGCAUGAAUGUGUAUCUUGGAGCAAGACCAAUAAGCAGGGCUCUUGACCUCGGAGCUGAUAUUGUUGUGACUGGUAGAUGUGUUGACAGCGGGAUUGUAUUAGGACCCCUCAUUCAUUCAUUUGGCUGGAAUAGGGAUGAAUAUGACUUACUAGCUGCGGGAAGCCUUGCAGGUCAUCUCAUUGAAUGUGGUGCUCAAUGUACCGGUGGAAUAUUCACCGACUGGCAUGCGGUACCUGACUGGCAUAACAUAGGCUUCCCCAUUGUAGAAUGCUCCUCUGAAGGAGACCUGAUUAUUUCCAAACCCCCCGACACAGGGGGGUUAAUCUCCUUUGGCACCGUGGCCGAACAAUUGCUGUACGAGGUUGGCAACCCGCAGCGCUAUCUCCUGCCAGAUGUCACRUGUGACUUUUCUGAAGUUUCCAUCACUGAAAUUCCAGGUAUUGAAGGUGGGGCAGUGAAAGUUCAAGGAGCAAAAGGAUCACCACCUUCAAAAUUUUAUAAGGUAAGUGCCACUUACCUUGAUGGUUUCAGAGCUACUGCUGUCUGCCCAGUGGGAGGGCCAAAGGCUGUGCAAAAAGGGAAGUGUACUGCGGAAAGCAUUCUGAAAAGGACUCGUCUUAUUUUCAAUCAGCUUGGGUAUGAAGAUUACAGUGCAGUUAACAUACAGGUUUUAGGGUCUGAAGAUACGUACGGACCUCACGCUAGAAGGAAUAUAGAUGGUGGUCCUCGGGAAGCUGUUAUUUGGCUUGCUGUACACCAUAAGCAAAAAGAAGCUGUAGAAAUCUUCUCCAAAGAGAUUGCACCAGCUGGAACAGGAAUGGCACCUGGUCUGACAGGAGUCGUUGGAGGGCGUCCACGAGUGUCUCCAGUUUUGAAACCAUUCUUCUUCCUUUAUCCCAAAAGCAAUGUCCAGAUCAACCUUUUUUUAAAUGGAGAGCAUGUUGAGACAUUUGAGGAAGAUCUCACAUUUACCUCAGAAGAAGUUGUUUCCUGUGAUCCGCCCAAGAUGAACAGUGAAUUGAAAGAUCUGCCAAGUGGUCCACACACUUACCGCUUAGAAGACCUUGCCUAUACUAGAAGUGGAGACAAAGGCAAUUCUGCAAACAUAGGUGUAAUAGCACGGCAUCCCCUCUACUAUCCAUACCUAAAGAAAACUUUAACAGCCCAGGCCUUGGAGAACUACUUCCAGCACCUCUUAGAGCGAGAGCAACCUGAAGAAAAACUAGUAACAAGAUACGAGUUGCCAGGAAUCCAUGGAUUAAAUUUUGUUCUGAAGAAUUCCCUUGGUGGUGGUGGCAUAGCAUCCCUACGAAGUGACCCACAGGGCAAAGCACUCGGACAGAUGUUGUUGGAUUUCCAGAUAAAGAACGUGCCUGAUUUAAAAUCACUAAUAGAGUAAUAGGUGUUUGACAAAUAUACUUUUAACAUUUUGAGCAGUGUAAAACCAUGUUAUAAAUAAAAACUGGCUUCCUGAGCCCAGAUAUCAAAAAGAUACAGAUGGGAAAUUAUAGUGACAGUUUUCUCCCAGAGGCUUAGCUAUAUGUCACCAAUUAGCAGUUGUUUUGAGUAAUACCAGACUAAUAGGUUGUCUAUGACUAAAAACACUUCUAUAUAGAUAAUACAUUAGRUAACAAUUAAUUUAUUCCCUGUAAAAUAAAUCAUAUUGCAACAUAACAGUUAUAAGACAGGAAGAUAACCCUUUGUUCCAAGGUGGAAGUUAUGUCUUGUUCAGUCCAUCUCUCUUUUCCUUCUUUAAAUCUCUAUUUGAAGACUAUAUGGACCAGUAUAGUUGAAUUCUUUUGUCAACUGUAUUUGCCCUGUGCCUAGGGUCACCUGCURGAUCACCUGCUGGUUAUCACUAUGAAGUAAUCUACAGUUGAAAAGCACCAAACAGGAAUUAAUUGAAGUCCUUGGAAUGAAUUUCAAAGGGAGGAUGGGAGCCUCUCUGCUGCCAUGGUGCAGUGCUAGCAGGGAGGAAGGGGGCCGAGGUGGUGGAGGGGGCCACUUGUUCUGUUUCACCACUGCUACAUCCUCAYUUUGUAUCAGUACCACAUGGAUUAAGCUAAUGUAAGUCUUAUUUGCAUUAUCCUUCCUACAGAAAGGUCCCCAAACCUUUCACAGGAAGGUCUGUGGUCCUACUGCAAAAGAAGACUGUGUUGAAUGCAGUGCAGUAUGUCUUUAGUCUGAGUUAGCUCCCUAGUUCCCUUUCUCCGUCCGUCCAUCCAUCCAUCUGUCCGUCCAUCCAUCCAUCCUCUUCCGUUACUGGGAAGUGACACCAGCACAUAUGAAACAGGAUGCUCCUAAUCAAACAUCUUCACAUGACUAAGCGGAGUCUCAGAGAUCUGUAUCCURCUUUCUGGGGUAGUAUCAAGAUGAUGGGAAUUCUGGCCCAGUUACKGUAUUUCCUCUGCAGUAAGCCAUAUAGAUAUUACAAUGACUGUACAGGCAUUUUAUAUUCUAAGUAUAUCUCUUCCAUUAGCUGGGGGAGAUCGUAUYAAUUGCUCAGUGCUGACAGAAUUGAGGCAUUGCUUCAUUGCAAUGAAUGAUGAAAUGAUUAAAGUGUUUUUUAAACUUCGCCAUACUUCUCUGGCAGCGUUCCUAGGUCUUGAUGAUCUGUGGUACCAUUCCUGUUAAUUCCCUAGCUUCUUGUUAAUGAGGACUAUACAUGAAUUGUUCCCCUCUUUUAUGUGGUUUUGAUGAAGGUAAUUACAAGUGAAAUCUCUAUGCAAAUUGGCAGCAAUUUUCUAUUGAAUUCGGUGGAACUUUGAUUCAACYGCACAUCUUCAUUUGUGAUGUGAAUAAGUGGCUCUCUUAGUCAUCAGUACUGUCUAUGUAUACAGCAUGGUUCUGUUGUCACCAAAAAAAAAAAAGUUUUUAUCACUUCAUCCCAGAAAAAUACCGACUUAAUAUUUUAAAGGCGGAGUAGCAUGCUAUUGCUGUGAUGUUUACAUUCAUUUUUAGAAAAUUGUUGUUGUUAAUUUGAAAGCUUAUUUGUUCAGUAAAACAUAGGAAGGUAUUGAGAAGAUUAAAAACCAUAGUGAUAGACCUCAGUAGCAAGCCUAAAGGGAUUAAAAAAAUAAACUAAAUAUAGGCAAUUUACUCAAUACACUGUUUAAAUGACUCUGUAAAUG